CGGCCUUCUUUUCCUCCUGCUUGCUUUUCUUCCCUCUUCCCCUCCUUUCCUCCCGGGUUUGUCUUGCAGAUCGUCCGUCUCUUUCUCUUCCCUGAGAAAGUUAUCAAAAAGAGGCCGGCGUGCCCUUCUCUUUCCCCCGGUUUCCUCCUCUCCUGCAGUUCUGACCACCGCUUCACUCUUUCAGCGGGCAUUCAUUGCGAUUGACUUGUUCCGAAAACCUGAAAUCCCCAUCUCAUACCACCCCCCGUCAAGAUGAAGGGUGCUUUCCUUGCCACUGCGGCCGCCCUUGCCGGUACCGCCCUGGCUGAUGGCGCUCACAUGCGUCGCGGCCACGAUGCUUUCCACCAGCGUCGUGCCGUCCAGGCCGAGCCCGAAGAGACUUGCGGUUGCACCACCGAGGUCGUCACCGUCUGGGGAUCUCCUACCCUCGUGCCUGUCGUUGCCCCCACCACCGUGACCUCCCAGGCCGUCACCACCCUCCACUCCACCAGCUACACUACCUUCACCGUUGUCGAGAGUGAAACUGCCGCCACUGAGACUGUUAGCACUGCUGAGGGCGUCGGUGCUACUGGCGUCACCGGCGCUACUGGCGGUGCUGCUGGCAGUGCUUCUCCUAGCACUACCGCUGAGGGUGCUGGUGCCACCGGCGGUGCUGCCGGAGGUGCUGCUCCUAGCGAAUCUUCCGCUACCCCCGUUGGUGCUACCGGCGCUGCUGCCGGCAGUGCUUCUCCUAGCACCACUGAAGGUGUCGGUGCCACCGGUGCUGCUGGUGGCAGCAUCGGCGAGAUCUCUUCCACUCCCGUCGCCGCUGCUUCUACCUCUAGCCAGGCCGUUCCCACCCCUGAGACGACCACCUUCGCCUCGACUGGUGUCUACACUAUCCCCGCUUCUACUGUGACUGUCUCCGACACCACAACUGUUCUUGCCGAUACCACUACUGCCCUUUCCAGCGGUACUCAGACCUACGGUGGUGUCACCACUAUCGUCGAGACCUCGACCACCUUUACCUGCCCCUACGCCACCGUCAGCUCUACUGGCUCCACCGUUACCAGCGUCAUCGCGACCACCACCUACGUCUGCCCCUCUGCUGGUACCUACACCAUUGCUCCUACCACCACCUACGUUCCCUCCAACACCGUCGUGACCUACGCGACUCCCACCACUGUCUACCCCGGUACCUACAGCCACAGUGCUGAGAUCGUGACCGUCACUGUGACCGACUACACCUACACCUGCCCCUUCGCCAAUGCCAACGAGCCUACUAGCACUCCUGUGACCACCAGCGCUGUCGCUGUUACCCCCACCGCCGCUGCUGCUACCACGACCGCUGUUGCUGAGACCACUACCCCCGUUGCCGAGACUACAACCGCCGCUGCUGUUACCACCAGCGCUGCCGCUGGUACCACUACCGUUGCUGGAACCACCAGCUCCGUCCAGUCCAGCUCCGUGAGCUCCUCGACCGCCGCCGUCAGCUCUGGCGUCAGCGCCAGUGGCAACAGCAUGGGAAUGACCUACACCCCCUACAGCAACUCCGGUGGCUGCAAGUCCCAGUCUACCGUCGAGUCUGACAUUGCCACCAUCGCCAACAAGGGUUUCACCCACAUCCGUGUCUACUCGACUGACUGCAGCACCCUGGAGUACGUCGGUGGGGCUGCCGAGAAGUACGGUCUCAAGUUGAUCCUCGGUGUCUACAUCUCCAGCACCGGUGUUUCCGGCGCUCAGGACCAGGUCACUGCCAUCACCGAGUGGGGCCAGUGGUCUCUGGUCACCCUCAUCGUCGUCGGUAACGAGGCCAUCCAGGAUGGUUACGCCACCGCCGCCGAGCUUGCCAGCUUCAUCUCCUCCUGCAAGUCCACCUUCUCGGCUUCCGGUUACACUGGCCAGAUCACCACCACCGAGCCCGUCGACAUCUGGCAGGAGUACGGCAGCACCAACCUGUGCUCCGUCGUUGAUGUCCUGGGUGCCAACAUCCACCCCUUCUUCAAUGCCGAGACCACCGCCGCUGAGGCCGGUACUUUCGCUCAGUCUGAGGUCACCCUCCUGAAGAAGAUCUGUUCCGGUCUGGACGUCAUCAACUUGGAGACCGGUUGGCCCAGCGCCGGUAACGCCAACGGCGCUGCCGUCCCCGGUACCACCGAGCAGACCACCGCCAUCAAGGGCAUCCGUGAGUCCGUCGGCGAGCUGUCCGUCUUCUUCUCUUACGCCAACGAUCUGUGGAAGGACCCCGGCGAGUACGACGUCGAGCAGUACUGGGGUUGCAUUGACCAGUUCUAAGCGCCCUCGCGUGCAUGUCUAUAGUUCCUGAGAAAUUUUGCUUCCCACCACUUGGAGUUUUUUUUUCUUGUAUCUGUCGUCCCGCGCUUAUCUCCCGACAAGACUUGGUUUAUCUUCCCUUCUCCGUACACUUGAAACGUUCAUGUAGUAGAUAUAACCUUUUUU